AAGAUGCGUGAAGUACUCACCCGUAGCCUAUGUGGCAUGUGCUUGAUGCUCGUGAUGUUCGUUCCCUUGAGCGGGGCUUGGCGCUCGUUUAAGGUAAUUCUCACCGACGUUGAGUUCGAGGCCAACGAUAAGAUCGUGGAUGUCAAGGCGAAGCUUCAAAACGACUCAGGCGAUGCCAAACUGACUCUGGACAUAAUGAUCCUCGAGGACAUAGAUGACGUGGAAAUGGCAAUUGACGUGGCUCUUGAGACAGACAAGGGAAACUAUUCCACCCUGAUUAACCGCUCAAUGAACUUUUGUAAGUUGAUGAAGCAGCGAAACUCCGAUCCUCUGAUGCGUCUCAUCUACGACGACUUGCUAAAGCACGGAAGAUUUUUUAAGGAGUGUCCCAUUCGAAGAGGGCCCUUUAGCCUGACCGCCUACAAGGUGGAUGAGGAAGCGCUGCCCAGCUUUCUGCCAGAGUCCAAGUUUCGAUUCGGUCUUCACAUCUUGAAGCCAAAGAAGGAAACGAUCGUCCGAGGCACCAUUUUUGGACGAGUCGACAAGUCCAAGGGCUUCGACAAUCUGAAAAGAUUUAGCCUGGGCUGA